AUGAAGGACGCUGCACUUUCAAAGACUUCCUUCUUCCAUACUGUAGUGGUGAUUGGGAAAUCACGACACGCGAUGCCGCAGGAGAUCGCCAGUCCCAAGCGCGUAGACUUGCAUCUGUGCAUCUCGUACGACGAUGUUGGCGCCAAGAAUGGGUCUAGCAGUGCGGCUGGACCUCCUCCCAGUGUGGCUUGUGUGGAUGAUGGGGAUGGGUUUGAUAGGAGCUUGUUUGGGAGACACGUGUGGAGGGAAAGAGCGCCGAGCUUGCAUCAGAUGGCAGAUGUCGGUACCUUGAGCAUCGCUACUGGCACUUCUGGCAAUCGAUGGGCUUACGUGAGGAUGGGAGAUACCACUAUGCUCAACGGACCUGCUAACGACGCGCUCAAUGCUGUGCACGUUGCAUCCACAAGAGCAAGAGGCUCCUGCGUGAGCGUCUCUGAUCUCUACGCAUCCCUGCCUGCUCGAAGGCGUGCACUACAACACUCGCCCUCUAGCACCAUCAACGCAUGUAUUCAUAGUCUUGUCACCAUUUCGCUCGGCUGGCCCGAUGUGCGCUUUGCUGUGAACGUGCAGGGGUCCAAAGGGUCCAAAUUGGUGCUGUCUAUACCUGCGGCGAAAGACUAUGAGGAAAGGCUUGGAGCUGCUUUGAAGCUGGGCAAUGCGGCACCCCCGAUCAGAUCGGUGGAUAAGGUCAGGAAUCUCUCACCCUGCGACAGUGUGGCUUGUAGUGGAGCAGCGCCAAAGAAACGACGACGUGCGAGCACGCAGCCUGCUUUACUGGCUCUCGACGAUCCUACGGCCACGCUGAGCGUCAAUGGUUUGUUGCUGCUCAGUCCAGCGCCAAAAGGCUGCCAAGCAAUCUUUUUUGGCGGGCAACUCAUCGAAGUCGACUCUCACGAGGGCGCUGCUCUUCACGAGGCAGUACAAGCAGUCUACGCUCGAAGUGCUUUCUCAGCUUCUGAAGCUCGCACAGCAAACAAGAAGCAGACGAGCCCAACGAAGGGCGUCCAAGCGCGUCCGGGGUACGUGCUGCAUGUUUCGCUCAGAGCCGGCAAGGAAUCGGCGCGGGCUAUGCAGCAGACCGCUUGUCAGGACGAAGUCGUCGGAUUGGUCGCCAGAGUCCUCUCGGAGACGGUCGCGGAAGAGCUGGUCGAAUCGGGCCUCUUGAAUGCAAAGGUGCCAAAGAGAGAGCGCACAACGGGUUUGAAAACUGGUGCAACACGCCCUGAUGCGACCAUGAGAGCCGAGGAUCAUCCAUCAACCACUGUGCAGAGGCAUCUGUCCCGUCGCCCAACGUCGAAGAAGCGCAAAGGCUUCAGCGAACACCUUGCUGAAGCUUUCAAAGCUCGCAAUGCUGUUGCUGAGGCCAGUCAGUACGACUACGAGGUUGUCCAAGGGCAGCAUCCACACUGCUGCGAUCUGCAACAUGCUCAACGUGAUACAUCCUUGCUAAGCACCCCUGGGCCCCAUCAGGAGGUUAUGGUAGGCCAGCACUACCUCGUCGAUGAGCGCACAGGAGAUUCAUUGCCCGUCGCCUCUGAGAAGAGAGGUCCGCUAGCGUUAAGAAAGAGUCGCAGAUUGUUAGACAGCGGCAGGGCUGCACCGGACUCGAGCUUGCCGGGAUGGUUGGGGGAAGCGAUGAGGCUUAGCAGGGACUCGAUCUUGCCUGCCCCUGCGGAAGCCGACAUUCCAUGCGUGGAAUCUCUAGGGAGCGCGGAUGUUUCUAUAUUCAAGAGCACCUUUGCGGAUCAUCCUCCUCGACUUGCAAAUAGAAAUGGAGGAAGCAGACCCUCAGGUCCGGACUAUCGCCUCGGAUCCAGGUUCUUCUCCCAGCGUGGAGCGUCAAAGGAUGGAAGCACGAUAUCGUCGCUGCGUGCUGCCGAUCUCACCAAGGCUCGCGUGCUGAAGCAGGUGGACAACAAGUUCAUUGCGUGCACCAUGCCCCUCCACAAGGGCCAAGCGCUCGUCUUGGUCGACCAACAUGCAGCUGACGAACGUAUCCGCUUCGAACUGCUCCUACGCACCUAUCUCGAGCCGGUCCUAGCUUCCAAAGGCGAGCUAGAGACAUUUACCUUGCCGAAAGCGCACGAGAUGCGCAUGCCUAGCCGCAGCGUCGCUAGUCUCUGCGAGGACUCUACGUCUGUACAAGUUCUGGAAAACUUGGGCUUCGGCUUCGGCGCAGGAACUGUUGCGGCUGCACCCGGACCGACGGACGAGCCGUCGCGAAUCGUUGAAGAGAGUCGAGCUACAUCAGGAUCUACAUUGAUUAUACGCAAGCUGCCAAGCCUUCUAAAGGAUCGUUUGACGGACCUGAAUACGCUGUCGGCUGCUUUGGAAGAUCUGGUGGACUGGAUUGAAGAAGGAGGUGCAGAGAGGUUGAAUAGGGCCAAGCAUCUGUUAGGGCGUAGAAGAGCAGUCAGAGAUGGGAAGAGUGAUGUGAAGCGCGAGGGCGGGGAGGCGGAGGAAGAAGGGGAAGAGGCGUGGUUGACUGGACUUCGACAUUUGCCUCCUCGAAUUUUGGAGAUGAUCGCUAGCAAGGCUUGUCGAGGCGCGAUCAAAAGAGCAGUGCGAAAGAAUGCUGCAACAGCUCGCCUCGACGCGCUUCCCGUUUCAGUGCGCACAUGGACGUCCUGCCAUGGUCCCGAUAUGUCACUUGCAUUCCGACCUGGAGCGCGCAUCCUUUUCAAGACGAUCUAUUCGCUGGCAAGCUUUGAAGUCGGGCGCAACGACUUCCUGAAUAGCACGACAGCAUCACCGGUCCACAGAUAG